AUGCGCAUAUUGAAGCUGGUCCUUCGACACCAUUUUGGGCAUCGCGGGGCUGUUUUCUUUUUAAUGUAUAUAAACUAGCUAUCUUUUGUUUUAUUCUGGUCGCUGGACAGAUUUUAUUGCUGGGUGUCUCUCCCACAAAUUCGCCCGGAUAGUCUUCUUUUGUUUUAUAGAUCUAGACGUUGCUUAAGUUGUGGUCGCUAGCUAGCAGGAAGCAAACAGGGCCCAUUUGCGGUGCAAACUGAUUGCUUGCCUUUUUUAGUUGAUGCAACCACCAGUUUUGUUUCUACUCUACGUACUAUCGUGUCCUUAGGACAAAUGGAUGGCGAUGAGGACGAAUUUUUCUCCGGGAAUCACUCUGGGUCUGAUGAUGGUGGUGGCACCCCGGUACAGGACGAACAUGCUCCUGAUUCAGACGCGGAAGAGAUGAGUGAGCCGCGCCACUCCGAGGAUGAGGGUAGUGACGGCGAGGGAGCUACUAGUGCCAUGGAGACAAAUGGCAUUGCCAGUGGGUCAGACAAUGAGGGCCCUAAAGUGGCCAACAGUGACUCUGAGGAGGAGGCACCAAACCACAGUGAUUCAGAACCUGAGGCCCCCAGGCCUGCAGACAGUGAUGCCGAGGAGUCCCCAGUGAAGGGCAGAAUCAGCACCUCCGAUGUGGAGGGCUCUCCUGGACCCGAACGCAGGGGCAGCAUCUCAGACAUUGAAGGGUCUUCAGUCAAACGUAGAGGCAGCACUUCAGACACAGAGGGCUCUCCAGUCAAUCGCAGAAGCAGUCCCUCAGAUGUGGAUGGCCACGCCACUUCCAAUCGCGGAGGUAGUCAUUCAGAUGUGGAAGGCUCCCCCCUUACCAAACACAAAGACAGCAACUCUGAUGUUGAGGGUUAUCCUGUCAAAUGCAGGGGCAGCGCCUCAGACAUUGAGGGAUCUCCAUUCAAUCACAGAGGCAGCCCCUCAGAUUUAGAUGGCUCGCCCACACCUAAACGCACAGGGAGCACCUCAGACAUUGAGGAGUCUCCAGUCAAACACAGGGGCAGCUCAUCAGACUUGGAGGAGGAAAAACCCAAAAUGGCUGCAGCCAACAGUGACUCAGAUAAUGAGGACCGGCCACCGUCCCCAGCCCAAAAAAGACACUCAAAUGCACACAGUGACUCUGAGACAGAGAUACCGAAAAACAAAGAGCCGAGAGAGUUGGGUGGGGAGAAGGCAGAGAAAAAGGGGAAGUGGAAGGCUGUGAUGCACUCGGACAGCGAUGAUGACAUGAAGGCUCGGCCCACAAAGGCAGCACCAAGCAGUGACCCGGAGGACGUUCCUGCGAAACGGGUUGUGGAUGACAGUGAGGAUGAUGAUGAAAUGCCAAUGAAAAGGAAGAAGGCCAUCCUAUCAGACAGUGAAGAUGAGAAGGCAGACAAACCAGCUACGAAGAAAAGCCGUGCUGUGUCAGACGAUGACAACUCUGACAGCGAAGCCGGCUCUGAUGCGCCUGACAAAACAAUGGCCAAACUGCGGGAGCUGGGCUCGGACAGCGAAGACGAGGAUGCUAGGACAAAGGCUGAAGGAGGAAAGAAGGAUGAGAAAACACUGUUUGGCAGUGACAGUGAGUCAGGCGAUGAAGAGGAGAAAAUGAUUGCAGACAUCUUUGGUGAAUCUGACGAAGAGGAAGAAGAAUUUACGGGUUUCAAUCAGGAGGAUCUAGAAGGAGAUAAGGGCCAUUCAAAGGCCUUGGAAAAGAAAGAAGUUGCUGAUGACUCUGACUCUGAUGAGGGUGUGGAUAGGGGUGGUGGCCAAGACACCAGUUUCAUGUCAGACUUUGAUGUAAUGCUGGCUCGCAAGAAGGCCCAGAGCGGGAAGCGCAGACGAAACCGGGACGGUGGAACGUUCAUCAGUGACGCUGAUGAUGUGGUCAGCGCUAUGAUCACUAAGAUGACGGAGGCUGCAGAGGAGGACAGAACGCUGAAUGCUCAGAAGAAGCCCGCCCUAAAAAAGUUGACUCUACUCCCUACAGUAGUGAUGCACCUGAAAAAACAGGAUCUCAAGGAGACGUUCAUCGACAGUGGGGUGAUGACUGCCAUCAAGGAGUGGAUUGGCCCGCUGCCAGACAAGAGCCUUCCAGCUCUUAAAAUCAGAGAGGAACUCCUCAAGAUCCUACAGGAACUCCCCAGUGUGAGUCAGGAGACGCUCAAACACAGUGGGAUUGGCCGAGCAGUCAUGUUCCUCUACAAACACCCCAAGGAAUCACGUCCCAACAAAGAUCUUGCCCUCAAACUAAUCAAUGAGUGGUCCCGACCCAUCUUUGGACUGACAUCCAACUACAAGGGCAUGACACGUGAGGAGAGACAACAGAGAGACCUCGACCAACAGAUGCCUCAAAAAAGACGCCUGAGUCAGCCCCAAAAGGUGGUGAGGUCUGAGGAACCGGAUGUCUUCUCCCCUCAGCGACACAGCUCAGGGGGACAGACUCCUCGUAGAGACCUGGAGAAAGUGCUGACAGGAGAAGAGAAAGCUCUACGCCCAGGUGACCCUGGCUUCUGUGCCCGGGCUAGGGUUCCCAUGCCGUCCAACAAGGACUAUGUAGUGAGGCCCAAGUGGAAUGUGGAGAGUGAGUCCAGAUCGGCUCCAGUGAAAAAGGGUGUUUCACGGGUGGACAAACAGUUACGCCGCUUUGCUGACAUCAAGCGUAUGACAAAGACAGGUCAUGCGGUCAAGAUCAGCGUCCAGGGCAACCGGAUGCCCCUGUAAUGUUUUAUUUUUUUCUGCCAUCCCAUUUUAAACCUUUAUUUCCAUAGCAGGACCUCUUCAUUGGACACAGUUUACUAGUAAAAAGGUUUCAAUACAGCUUUUACCGAUCCAGUAAAUUGAGAACUGUGAUUGUUCCAAGGAACAGAGGGCGGUAUCAUGUAUUUAAAGAAUUUGAACAUGGCCAGGUCAGUUUGGUGGAUUUUAGUAAAUUCUUCUAACUAGUGUGAAAAUGUUCAGAGGAGUUUGCUAAAUGCAUACAGAUUUGGCUAUGCUAUUCGUCCUUGAUAUAAACCUCUCUCCGUGUUGAGUCAAGCCCAGCCUGAUUGUACAAUAGUGAUGUGGCUUUGCAGGCUGGUGGGCCCUUUUGUCCACUAGACUUUGUUUUAUUUUGUUUCUGAAGAAGCUGGGCAGUACUAGGAACUGCCCGAGUGUUUCUUCGCUGUAUGCCGAUUGGUUUCGAUGUUACUUUCGUAAUAAAGAUGGUUUCACCAGA